AUGACAAUUACGAUGAUGAGCCUCCACCAGCCCGUUCCAGGAGAAGUCAUAGGCAUGGUGGGGACAUUCCUCUACAGUCGCACAGUGGGCGAACGGGGAAUCGCAGCCAAGCCGAAGAAACCAAGGUCGCCCACCAAGCAGAUACCAGCGUCUCGCGGCCGAACACCUGAUCCCGGCCCAUCCCGGCCUUCACCAUCAUACCCUUCGUGGUACGGUGGGGGAGAGUCACACACCCAUGGACAGGAGCGCGGCGAGCGUUCCAGGGGACGGAGUGGAACGCGGCGGCGACAAGCUGUUGAAGAAGACGCGAUACGCUGGGGCAUUGAUACACGUUUGGAUAUGAGAGAAUGGAACCCUGAUAGUGCGCCACUGAUCGCAAAUGGCAACGUUUAUGAUGCCUUCUCACUUGGUUGGCGGCUUCACAAGUCCAUCAGCAAGAUUUACGGCCCCGGCACAGAAGAGAUAGAGCUCGCGACGAGAUUUAAAGAAAGCCUGGUCAAUUUCUACCUUCUCCAAAAAGAGGCUGAAAAGGAGUUGAGACCUUUAAACGUGGACGAAGACGCCAGGACAACAUUUGAAGAUCUCAUAAGCAGGGGUGAGGAGUUCAUCGAAUAUCUUCAGGUUCUACUUACAGGGUACGAGGUUGUCUGCGGCGAGGACGCUAGCGAAGAGGAUGCUAGCGAAGAGGACGUUAGCGAAGAUUUCUUCAUGGAGAGAUUUCUCGGCUGUCAUGAUCCAGAUCAAUGGGAUGCUUUACAGAACCUGGCGAGGAGGCUGGAGAUCUGGGCACGGGAUUAUGAAACACUGGAGGCAAGACUACGUAGCAGACACAGUUAG